CAGAAGCGACGUGAAGUGCUUCAAUCGCUGCAGACAAGCGUGCUGCAGACAAACUGAUCAACGUCUUUCUUUCGGCCUUUGUUUGUGCUUUCCGUAAAAAACUUUGCAUUUAAGUUUUGUAGUGGUGAUCUACAAUUAGAAAUAAUGCGUAAACAAAGUAAUAGGUCCCGAAUAUGGUGUAUGGUGAUGUUGGCUUUCAUCAGUGAACCGCCGCAGACACUUGCCCUGCAUUCAUCCUACAUGGAAACAGUCAAACAAUGGGACCUACUUAAUUACAAUUUUCCAUGGGACUAUCCCGUAGCGAACAAAAACUUUUUCAAUGCCGAAAACAUUGUAGCUACUGGAAUCGAAGUUGGUUACGAUCGCAUUUUCUUGGCUACGCCACGCUUGUUCUCCGGAGUUCCAGCAACACUAUCAUCGAUCUCGCGCGACAGCUACGGUGAUUCACCAGUCCUGAGCGCGUACCCGGCGUGGUCUCAUCAUCGGGCCGGUACGAAUGAAUACAACUGUUCAGACAUUGGGCUGGUGUCGGUGUACCGUAUCCGGAUUGAUUCGUGCAAUCGACUGUGGGCACUCGAUGCUGGGGUUUCGCGAUCGCUUGAGGAUUUCGAGAUCACCUGCCCGCCAAAAAUACUCAUAUACGAUCUCUACACUAACCAGGUGGUACGGAGGAUCGAUUUUCCCACCGAGGUUAUCCGGGGUGAAUCGCUUUUUACCAACAUUGUUGUGGAUGAAACAACGUCCCGGAAAGAAGCCCACUGUGAUGAUGUGUUUGCCUACAUCACCGAUACGGUAGCACCGGGCAUUGUGGUGUAUGACAGUGGAAAAGAUCUCACAUGGCGGCUCUCGCAUCCUGCCAUGUAUCCGGAUCCAGAUUUCGCCGAGUCCCGCAUUCUCGAACAUCGGUUCACGCUGAUGGACGGUGUGGUCGGAUUAGCGUUUGACCCGGAAGCAGCCAUUCUUUACUUUCAACCAUUGGCAACGGAUCGUUUAUUCUCGGUAAGCACUGCCGCUUUGCGUGCUGGGCCCUUAGAAUUUGGCAAAGAUCUUCCCGUGAAGCUGGUAGGCCGUAAAUCGUCCCAAGGAAUUGGCCUUGCCGCAGCUCCACGUGGUGGAACGAUUUUCUACUCUCCUCUGACAGAAACUGCUGUGGCUUCAUGGAAUCCACGCACCAACGAACAUAGCCUUCUCGCCCAAGACAAGGAAAGAAUUCAGUUUGCUGCCGAUUUGCGUACGCCUGACCGUGAUGGAACCGCACUCUACAUACUGACGUCAAAAUUUCAUCGUUUUUACCUGAAAAAUCUCAACGCUAAUGAAGUUAACACUCGCAUCUUGCGCAUCGAUGGCGUUGUAAAGCGUGCCGUACCAUUACAACAAUCUACAGUCUUCUCCAAUCAGCAUAGAUUUGCACCAACGAGAGCGAGCUAUGAACAUGUUUCCAGCAGCAACAGUUUUUACAAUUUACCUGCGCCCUCGCAAGCCAAUUCGAUAAAUCUUCCCCCGGUUAGUUCUUCCCUGCCGUCUAACGGCGUGAAAUCGUACGCUUCCUUCGUGCAGAACUUUUAUGGCAAACAACCGCAACCGUACAACUACGAACCAGUAGCUAUAAUCGACAAAACGAAACCGAUCAGCCCUUUUUUCAUGCUGAACAGUGGCGAGAAAACAUUUCCACCGCCGCACGUACCAAGGCCGCAAUUUGGAUUGAAUGGCGAGAUAUUUAUCCAGAAAGUCAACUCUCAUUUUAAUGACUUUAAUGGGCUACGGUUCCCCAAAAGUUUGCACUUCAAUCAAACCGCGCUUGCGCGUUAGUCUUUGUUUGUAAAGAUAGGUAAGAUAGUUGAACAUUGUUUAGAGAACCGAACCGAGAAAAAAAAUAUUUUCCCUUCACUUUAAUGCAAUUAAACACAAACAGCAGCUCAAACGAUGAUCAGACAAUAAUCAUGUUAAAUGGACUCAUACUGAAUCUUGUCUGUAGUAUAUAAGAUAUGCGCUGCAAAAAAACUUGCUUGUAUUUACAUUUGCAACUGCAAAACCUUUUCAAAUUGCCAUAUUUAAGUCUAUUUGCUGCUGUUGACCCAAUUACUGUAAAUAUCAAUACAAAACUCACCACACUGAAAAUUGCUCUCAGCCACUUUGGCUCAUAUCAUUUUUUGAAAUUAUUUACAAUAUUUUUUUACAUGAUAAAAUACUUUAACGAAUGUGAACCAGUGAAACUCGAUCAUUACGCACAAGCGAAACGCAUAUGAGCAAUGAUUUUAAG